AUGGAGGUCAACAGUAGUAAAAACAAGUUGCCUAUUUCAAAUAUACCACUAUCAAAACUCUUAUGGAGAUAUACAAAAGGUGCUGCGGCUUUUUAUUGCGUUGCUCAUUGUAUAAGUCAAUAUGUUGGAGAAUUAGUGAUAUGUAGUGGACCAUCAAUGUAUCCAACAAUUCAAGAUGGUGAUUUAGUGCUAGCCGAGAGAUUCAGUAUAAAAGCGAAAAAUGUGCAAAAAGGUGAUAUUGUGGGAUGUCUAAGUCCACAAAAACCAGAUGAAUUGUUAUGUAAACGGAUUGUCGCAAAGGUAACCUUGUUUUUCGGGUAUUUUUCAUUGAAAUAUACAUUUUUUUAUAGGAAGGCGAUCCAGUUGAAAGUGAUUUUUUGCCAAAUGGCCGUGUUCCUCGUGGCCACGUUUUUCUGCGCGGUGAUAAUAGUCGUCUUUCAACCGAUUCCAGGCAUUAUGGUCCAGUUCCCGAAGGUCUUGUACAAAUCCGGUUAACAUUUAGAAUAUGGCCAUUAGAUAGAUUUGGUUGGAUCUCAGAUCAUUGGUUUUGGCAAAAGAAAAAUGAUAUUGAAUAG